AUGACCUCUCCAACUCCUAGAAGGUUCGGUUCACCUCCUUCCUCUUCACUCUCUUCAACCUCAAAUUCAUCUUCUCCAAACCUCACUUCCCUCCUUCCACCUCGAUCAGAUCAUCGACGUAAUUCCUCAGCUUCAACAUCUUUCUUACCUCUCGAUUCACUAGAAUCAGCUGCUGAUCGAUCCCUCGCUUGGUUACAUACUUGGGCACCAAAAGGAGAAGGUAGAGGACGUGAAUUUUUAAGUAGUACUUUGAACGGUGUAGCUACUGUUGCCGGUGCUGUUGGGAAUCAAAUUGGUGAAAUGAGACAUGAAGGUUUACAAAGAGCUGGUUUAAGUAGACCUUCAACUCAACCACAAUCUCAACCUCAAAUUACAUAUUCGACUUCAUCCGCAGGUAGCUCUCCUCCUGGAUCAUCUCAAAAUGGGAUCAUACAAUCCGGUACGAUGAAUGGAAAUCAAGAUGUUAUACCAAUUACUUCACCGCCGCAAAUCAGAAAACCACUACAACCUUCUAAUUUAUCGAGAUUAGGUAUAAGUCAUACUUCUCGUAGAAAUUCAACAAAUCCACCACCUAUACCUAGAUCAUCUUCAGCUUCAGCCACAAUACAACAACAUACAGGUCCACAUGGACCUAGUCAUCUUAAUCCUCAUUCCACUAGACCACAAUCUCAUUCUCGUUCACCCAGUACUGGUCAGGUCGGUGUCGUAUCGCAAGGUCUGUCAAGAUCGAGUUCUAAAGCAACCACUGACGGUGGGUUUCCAAGAAGAGCUGGGAUGCCAUAUAAAGUUGGGUUUCAACCUGCUGGAGUUAGGAGUGAUAGGAGUGAAGAAUAUUUCGAGGAAAGGAAGAAAUGGUCUGAAGAGAUGGAUAAAGAGGAAGGAAGAUUGGGUAGAAGAUGGGCUAAACUCGUCGACCUACAUUUCAACCCAAAUUCAUAUCCUGAUCCUACUAUCCCCAGUUUACCCCGAUCGCCAUCUUUGUCAUCUACAAGCGACAAACGUCGUUCCUUACUCUCCAUCGACGGUGCUCUCGAUGCUUUGAAACCUAAAGAAAUGUGGAAAGGUUUUAAAACCGCAGCUGGUCCUCCUACAGGUGGAGAGGAAGCCAGAAAACGAGCUGCCGAACAAGCCAUCGUGAAAUGGGAAGAUGAUUCUCAAGUUCAUAAAUGUCGUAUAUGCCAAUCCUCAUUCUCCCUCGCUAACCGCAAACAUCAUUGUCGUGUUUGUGGUCGUAUAGUCUGUUCACUUCCUCCUACACCUCCGGCAUUAUUAGCUGUACAAGUUCAACUCUUUUCUCCUACCCCUUCCACCCCUCCCAGUCCAUCUAGAUCAAUAUCAUUACCAGCAGGAACAAGAACAGAAAAAUGUUGUCUUUUGUUAGUAGCAGAUUGGAAGACUGGUAGAGGUGAAGAAGUUGAUGAAGGGUUUGUGGGUUGGAUGAAAGUUGGUCAAGGUUCGGAAGACGAUACGAAAAGUCCUUCAAUGGGGAAAAGAGCGAGUAGGACUAGUAUAGCCAGUGGAUCAGAUAAUAGUAUUAGAGAUAUACCUUUACCUCAACAACCGAAAGAGGUUCAAGUAAAAGGUGUUAGGGUAUGUAAGGAAUGUUGGGCAACAGUUUCGAGGAAACAGAAAAUGACAGAUAGACAAAAAGUGUCAGGUUUCGCUAGGUUGUACGGGAUUUUGAGAUCUUUACAAGCAGAGAUAGAAAGUUUAAUGCCGGAUUAUGAAGAUUCUCUAGCUGAACUCGGCGCUUCUCCCGAUUUCCCAGACCCAUCACCAGAUUUAUUAUCAUCACACAAAAAUCUCAUUACGCUAUUUACCCAAUACGAACAUCUUUCUAAACGUUUAUCCAACCUUCCAUGUGACGAAGGAUCUUCACAAGCUGUGGUACAAUCCGCAGUGGCAAGAUCAUCAGCUUCUUUCUUAUCUAAAGAAAUGUUAAAAGUUCAAGCAUUACCGAAAUUGCAAAAAAGAGCAGCGGAAAAUAAAAGGAAGAUUAUGAAAGUUGUACAACUUGAUUUAUCUGAUUUGAAAGUUGGUGAUGAUGUUUCAUCUGGACGAGAUGAGGAAGAAGAGGUCGAUGUGGCUGGAUUGUUACAACCUCUUUUAGAACAAGAAGCUCAGUUGGAGAAUUAUAUAGCCGAAGCAAAUUCUCAAAGAAAAUACGAAGAUGCUAAAGCUUUAUCUGAAGCUUUGAUAGAUAUCAGAGCGGAAAUCAGUAAAAUCACUCAAAGAGCGAUGAGAUGA